CCCAUACCAACUUUUCUUCACUUUAAACCCCGCCCUUUAACGACAGCUCAGAGGGCAGGGACAGGAAACUGGAACUUGUAUUGUCUUGUUUUUCUGCAGCUUCGGUAUGAAGUAACUCUUGAAACUUCAUGUGGACAAGCUAGACGGGCUAUAUGAUUCAAAGGUUUCCUUUCUGAGUUCAGCAGGAGAUGGCGCUGCAUAGCCAUAAGACUGAGCUGGUUGGUAAUGACAGCUUGGAGGAAUGGGAGCGCAUUGAUUCAGGGGGAUUUGGUACCGUCUACAAGGCCAGGCACAAGGACUGGGGGUUUGAUGUGGCCAUUAAGCUUAUUCAUCAUGCUGACAGGCGUGUCAGAGAACUGUGGGACGAGGCCAGUCAUAUGGACAAAGCUGCCUGUCAGUAUGUGAUUUGGCUUUAUGGAAUGUAUCAAGGAUGCCCACCAAAAGGAGAACCAUCCAUGCAACAGGGAAUAGUCAUGGAGUUCAUGGAAAGAGGAUCUAUUCAGUCCCUGCAGAGGGACCUGUCUGGCCCUCCACCGUGGCCCCUGGUCUUCCGCUUGGCCCACCAAGUGGCUCUAGGAAUGAAUUUUCUUCACGAAAGGAAACUUUUGCAUCAGGAUCUAAAGCCAAGCAAUGUGUUGUUAAAUGAUGACCUGAAUGCCAAGGUGGCAGACUUUGGUCUGUCCAUGGUUUCCACCAGUGCUUUGACCAGCAACACAGAAAUGACAGGACAGCUUGGAGGCUCCUUUAAGUACAUGCCUCCUGAGUCUUUUGAGGCAUCAUAUAAACCUGUUCGUGCUUUUGACAGAUACAGCUAUGGCAUCCUUCUUUGGUCUAUUGUUACUGGUGAAGAGCCUUAUCCAGCGGCUCAGUACAGUCUUGUGGCACUGAGGAUCCCCGAGGGGGACAGACCUAAUUGUAAGGAAAUUGAACAGAUCAAGGUUGAGGGGCUGGAAGAGCUGGUUGACCUCAUGAAGCAGUGCUGGAAUGGGGAUCCAUCCAAGAGGCCAACCUUUAAAGACUGCCGUGAAGUCACUGAGCGUGUGCUCUCAAAGCACAAGAAAGACAUUCCUCAUGCAGUCCAUGCAGUGUUGACAAAACUGGAUUCACUGCAGGAUAAUCCACAAUUCAACAAAAAAGGGGCCUUCAAUUAUGAUCCUCAGAUUCCAGGGCAGCAACGUUAUGCUGUGGAUCAUCCCAGAGUUUCAGUGCAGCAGGACCUGGCCAGUGUUUUUAAGAAAAAUGUCACUGUUGCAGAUGAAGAACAGCCACAUUAUACUGUGGAUUAUCCCGGAGUUUCAGUGCAGCCGAAUUCUGGCAGUGUUCCUAAGAAAACUCUCACUGUUGCAGAUAAAGCCAAGUUCAUCAGUGACAACCGAGCAGUUUUAAUACAAACUAUUUCCGAGGUGCUGACCAUAGCAGAAGAGCUUGGAGAGAUGGUCCAUCCUGAUGCCUACUCAGUGUUAGCAACUAAAGCAACAACUCAGGAUCAAAUGCGAGUGCUCUACCAAAGGACGUUUCGUUCAGGAGGGGAUGUGGUCAAAGCCGCCUUUUAUGACGCCCUUAAAAAACAUCACCCCAGUCUGGUGGAGAGGCUAAGUGGCUAAUUCCAAACCAGUUGUGAUCUUCCUGCACUUUGGCCACAAAGUGUUGAAGACCUCCCCCCGCUUCUUCCACUUUUUAAGGCAAAAUGUAUUAUUAUCUUAAUUUGUUGCCAUUUUCUGAUGCUGUCUGACGACAAGACAUUGUUUUCAUAAAAUUUUUAUUAAUAAAGAUCUUUUUUUCAGAAUGAAAGACAA